UAUAAGUGGAGAACCCAAUAUAUCUUUGUCUUUGUUGUUUUUUUCCUUCUCUCAUUCAUAGUUAACUUGCAGGUUUCUUAGUAUCACUAAUCCUUUUCUUAUAUUACUCUUUUGUCUACUUCCCUCUCUCUCUCUCUCUCUCUCUCUAUCUCUCUCUCUCAUCUAUAUACGAAAACAUACUUUUAAUUUCUCUUCCAUAUAAGUCAAGAACCCAGAAGGUGACAUGACGACAAGUGAAGUUCUUCAAACAAUCUCUAGGGGAUCAGGCUUUGCUCAGAGCUCAUCAACUACUCUGGAUCAUGAUGAAUCUCUCAUCAAUCCACCUCUUGUUAAGAAGAAGAGAAAUCUUCCUGGAAAUCCUGAUCCGGAAGCUGAAGUGAUAGCUUUAUCUCCCAAGACGUUGAUGGCUACGAAUCGGUUCCUAUGCGAGAUCUGUGGUAAAGGUUUCCAAAGAGACCAAAACUUACAGCUUCAUCGACGAGGACACAAUCUUCCAUGGAAGUUGAAGCAGAGGACAAGUAAAGAAGUGAAGAAACGUGUCUAUGUUUGCCCCGAGAAGACAUGCGUACACCAUCACUCCUCUAGAGCUCUAGGCGAUCUCACCGGAAUCAAAAAGCAUUUCUGCCGGAAACAUGGCGAGAAGAAGUGGAAGUGCGAUAAAUGUGCCAAGAGAUACGCAGUCCAAUCUGAUUGUAAAGCUCAUUCCAAGACUUGUGGUACUAGAGAGUACCGUUGCGACUGUGGCACCGUUUUCUCCAGGCGUGACAGCUUCAUCACUCAUAGAGCUUUUUGCGAUGCCUUAGCGGAAGAAACGGCUAAGAUAAACGCAGCGUCUCAUCUCAACGGUUUGGCCGCCGCUGGAGCCGCAGGACCUCUUAAUCUCAACUAUCAAUAUCUCAUGGGAACACUAAUCCCACCGCUUCAACCAUUUGUCCCUCUACCGCAAACAAAUCAAAACCAUCAUCAUCAACAUUUUCAGCCGCCACCUGCGUCGUCCUCAUCCCUCUCCCUAUGGAUGGGACAAGACAUGGCGCCGCCUCAACCGCAACCGCAAGACUACGACUGGGUUUUUGGAAACGCUAAGGCGGCAGCGUCUGAGUGCAUUGAUAACAACAAUAAUCACGAUGAGCUCAUUACACAAACCGCAAACGCAAGUUCGACCACUACUACUACUCUCUCUGUCCCUUCUUUGUUCAGCAACGACCAAUCACAAAACGCAAACGUAAAUGGAAACGCGAACAUGUCGGCAACAGCGUUACUACAGAAAGCAGCUGAAAUUGGAGCCUCUUCGACGACAACGGCGGCUACCAACGAUCCUUCAACGUAUCUUCAUAGUUUCCCGCUUAAAUCUUCCGAUCAGACCACCACUUACGACACUGGCGAAAAGUUCUUUGCGUUGUUCGGAUCUAACAACAACAUUGGACUAAUGAGUCAUAGUCUUGAUCAGGAGACUGAGAACGCUAGGAAUGACGUUACGGUUGCGUCUGCAAUGGAUGAGUUACAGAACUACCCUUGGAAACGUAGAAGGGUUGAUGGAGGAGGAGAAGGAGGAGGAGGCCAAACUCGGGACUUCCUUGGGGUGGGUGUACAAACAUUGUGCCAUCCAUCGUCUAUCAAUGGUUGGAUUUGAAACAGUUUAAUAAAGUUUCUGAGGUCAAUGCAUAAAUAACGAAAAAGAAAAGGAAUCUUUUGUAAUUUCCACCAUUUUCUAAAGAACACAUAUGGUAAUGGAAGUUGUUUUCUUUUAUUAAUUCAAGAUUUUAAUUAAAGCUUAUGAUAUAUGUGUAAUGUCAUCAGUAAAUGAAUGUCUUAAUCUUCAAGAUA